AGGCCGCCAGCGUCUCCCCCUCCUCCUCUUCCAGCGGGGCCUGGGUGGCGGCGGGCCGGGUCCCCGGGUGCCCAGCAUGGCGGGGCAGCGGGUGGAAGUGGACGGCGGCAUCAUGGAAGGGGGCGGCCAGAUCCUGAGGGUCACCACGGCCCUGAGCUGCCUCCUGGGCCUGCCCUUGCGGGUGCAGAAGAUCCGGGCCGGGCGCAGCACACCGGGCUUGAGGCCUCAACAUUUAUCUGGAUUGGAAAUGAUUCGAGAUUUGUGUGACGGACAGCUGGAGGGGGCAGAAAUCGGCUCAACGGAAAUAACAUUUACACCAGAGAAGAUCAAAGGUGGAGUCCAUACAGCAGAUACCAAGACUGCAGGGAGUGUGUGCCUCUUGAUGCAGGUGUCCAUGCCCUGUGUGCUCUUCGCUGCCUCACCGUCCGAGCUUCGUUUGAAAGGUGGAACCAAUGCAGAAAUGGCACCGCAGAUCGAUCACAUGACAAUGGUUUUCAAGCCAAUUGUAGAAAAAUUUGGUUUCACAUUUAACUGUGACAUUAAAAUGAGGGGCUACUACCCAAAGGGGGGUGGGGAAGUGAUUAUCCGGACAUCGCCAGUUAAGCAGUUGAACCCAAUAGAUUUAACUGACCGUGGCACCGUGACUAAGAUACAUGGAAGAGCUUUUGUUGCUGGUGUUCUACCACUUAAAUUGGCAAAAGAUAUGGCUGCAGCAGCUGUGCGGUGCAUCAGAAAAGAGAUUAGGGAUCUGUACGUUAACAUUCAGUCUGUCCAGGAGCCGAAGGACCAAGCUUUCGGCAAUGGAAGUGGAAUAAUCAUUGUUGCCGAGACAUCCACCGGCUGUUUGAUUUCUGGGUCGGCACUUGGUAAACGAGGUGUCAAUGCAGACAAGGUUGGAAUUGAUGCCGCUGAAAUGCUACUUUCAAAUCUUAGACAUGGUGGUGCUGUGGAUGAGUAUCUCCAAGACCAGCUCAUCAUUUUUAUGGCGCUGGCCAAUGGCGUUUCUAGAAUUAAGACAGGACCAGUUACACUCCAUACACAAACAGUUAUUCAUUUUGCUGAACAACUGACAAAGGCUAAAUUUACUGUGACGAAAUCAGAAGAUGAAGAAGAUGCUUCUAAAGACUCUUAUAUUAUUGAAUGCCAAGGAAUUGGGAUGACAAAUCCACAUCUCUAGAUUGCCUUUUGAAUGACACUUCAGUGGUAUAUUGCACUAAUUCAUUACAUAAUUUUUUUCAGAACAGUAACUUCUAAGAAAUUAUUUUAAGGACCUGUCUCAAAUUUGGAGAUGAAAUAUUUAGAGUGUCACGAAUUUGUUGAAAGUUUUUCAUUGAAUCCCAUUUUGAAUAUCUCUUGAGAUAUGACCAUGUAAUAUGAAUUGUUAAAUACGUAUGUGCUAGUUGAUUUCACUAUUCAAGUGAAAUAAAAUCUUUUUUGUUUCAAG